CAUUCCCAUCCAGUGGCUGACAACAUUAUACUGAUUGUAUAUAAGUCAAGUGAGCUGCCCAGAUGACAUUCAGUCAUCUCUCAAAUUGCGUUCAGAAUGAAGGGUUCAGUGGUUCAGAUAGUGCUGCUAUUCUUCCUGUCAUCAGGGACGGCUCAAACGCCCGAUCCAUCUAUUGCUGUUAUCUGGAAUGAACUGAAAAUGCUGAGAGGCGUGGUGCAUGACCUUGGCACCACGGUGGUGGAGCAGAGGGUAGAGCUGAGGAGCCUGGAGACCAGAGUGAAAGACACCGAGCUUCAGGUGGAGGAAGAGAGGGGUAAAGUUUUGAUUCUGACAACUGAACUGAGAUACAUGUUGAAUAAGGUGGAGGAACAGAGAGCGGAGUUGGUGGUCACCAGGAACAAGAUGGCUGAGCUAGACAAGGAAAAUGCAGUGCUAUCAGGAGAAGUGUCCGGUGUUGGACAGAGAGUGGCAGCCAGUGAGAAAGACCUGGACAAUCAGAGCAGAGACGUGGACACUCUAAGAGGAGCGUUAAGUACCACCGAGACUCAAAUGCUACUACAGAAGAUAAUUGUAGAGGACCUGGAGAAGGCAAAAACAGAGCAGGAAGCCAGAAUAAAUGCGGUGGACGUCAGGAUGACAGCCAAUGAAAAAGAAGCAGCGGCUCUGAGAGCGGACCUGAACGGCACCAUGACUCUACUGCAGCUCCAAAACAAUGACAUAGAGCUACUGCAGAAAGAGACUGCAGGAAAGAUUGCUUUCUCUGUUGGCUUGAACAGCCAGGUGGGACCGUACAACACCGAUACCCAACUGAAGUACAACAAAAUCUUUACCAACAUUGGCAAUGCUUAUAAUCCUACAUUAGGCACGUUCUUCGCACCAGUCAGAGGAGUUUACUACUUCAGAUUCACUGUGUUUGAUAAUCGCAAUGGGCUACAUUUUGGACUUCACCUUUACCACAAUAGCCAAAACAUAAUGUCAAACUGGGAAUACAACAAUAAUGAAGGUCACAUGUACAUGUCCAAUGCGUUAACUCUUCAAUUAGAUGUGGGAGAUUUGGUGUACAUGCAGCUUCCUUCUGGGUGGGGUCUUAGUGAUGAUGAACAUAAUCACAAUACUUUCAGUGGCUUCUUACUUUUCAGUAUGUAAGUAGUGAUCAUGUAGUAGUCACAUUGUACUGCUUAAACCAAGACAUGAAUAAAUAUUAAUAA